CGCGCAGGGCCCCCCCCCCGCCGCCCUCCGCGCCGCGGCCUCACGCACCCGCCGUGGUCGCGGCCGCUCCCGCCGCCGCCGGACGAGCGGCGGCGCCUGAGGCGAGCGCGAAGAUGGCGGCGGGCGGCGGCGGGGGCAGCGGCAAGGCCGCCUCGGCGUCGGGCUCGUCGGCGGGCGCGCUCGAGUCCUCGCUCGACCGCCGGCUGCAGGCGGUCACCAACACCAUGGAGUCCAUCCAGGGCCUGUCGUCGUGGUGCAUCGAGAACAAGAAGCACCACGGCACCAUCGUCUACCACUGGAUGAAGUGGCUGCGGCGCUCUGCCUACCCUCAUCGUUUGAAUCUCUUUUACCUUGCCAAUGAUGUCAUACAGAACUGUAAAAGGAAAAAUGCAAUCAUAUUCCGUGAGUCAUUUGCUGACGUACUUCCUGAAGCAGCUGCUCUGGUGAAGGAUCCAUCUGUUUCUAAGUCUGUAGAACGAAUCUUUAAAAUCUGGGAAGAUAGAAAUGUGUACCCAGAAGAAAUGAUUAUGGCAUUAAGAGAAGCUUUGAGUACCACUUUCAAAACUCAGAAGCAGCUGAAAGAAAAUCUGAACAAACCACCGAAUAAGCAGUGGAAGAAAUCACAAACGUCCACUAAUCCAAAAGCUGCUCUCAAGUCCAAGAUAGUUGCUGAAUUUCGAUCCCAGGCCCUCAUUGAAGAGCUGUUGCUCUACAAACGCUCUGAAGAGCAGAUCGAACUGAAGGAGAAGCAGCUGUCAACAAUGCGGGUGGACGUGUGCAGCACAGAGACCCUCAAAUGCUUGAAAGAUAAGACAGGUGGAAAGAAAUUCUCCAAAGAAUUCGAAGAGGCGAGCUCCAAGCUGGAGGAAUUUGUGAAUGGAUUAGAUAAGCAAGUGAAAAAUGGGCCCUCGCUCACAGAAGCACUGGAAAAUGCUGGAAUUUUCUAUGAAGCACAGUACAAAGAAGUGAAAGUGGUCGCUAACGCGUACAAAACCUUCGCUAACAGAGUGAACAACUUAAAGAAGAAGCUGGAUCAACUGAAGUCGACCCUUCCUGAUCCCGAGGAAUCCCCAGUCCCUUCCCCCAGCAUGGACGCUCCCUCCCCAACUGGCUCUGAGUCUCCUUUCCAGGGGAUGGGGGGUGAGGAGUCCCGGUCCCCUGCCAUGGAGAGUGAGAAGUCGGCCUCCCCCGAGCCUGCGACAGAUAAUCGUGAUGUGGAAGACAUGGAGCUCUCCGACAUGGAGGAUGAUGGGGCCAAGAUCAUCGUUGAGGACAGAAAGGAGAAGCCUGUGGACAAGUCCGCGGUCUCCACGUCCGUGCCUGCGAAGCCGACAGAAAGUGUCUCGAAGGCCCCUUCCUGUGCCCCCGUGCCUGUGAGCGUGGCUGCAGCCGCGCCGCCCCCGAAGCCUGUGAAUGCCACUUCUCUCCUCUCGCCUUCUCCGGCGCUGGCUCUGCCGAACCUGGCCAACGUAGAUCUGGCCAAGAUAAGUUCCAUCCUGAGCAGCCUGACAUCGGUCAUGAAAAGUACUGGGGUCAGUCCUGCACCGAGACCGUCUCCAGGAACUCCUACGAGUCCCAGCAACCUCAGUGCCGGCCUGAAACCUCCCGUGCCCGCCGCCGCUGUAGCCACCACCGCUGCUGCUGCCGCCACCACAUCUCACAACCCUCUGGCGAAUAUCCUCUCAAAGGUGGACAUCAGCCCCGAGAGCAUUCUGUCUGCUCUGUCAAAAACCCAGGCCCCGUCAGCCCCCACGCUGCAAGGCCUGUCAUCUCUGCUGCAGAGUGUGACUGGGAACCCCGUUCCGGCCAGUGACUCCGCACCCCAGAGCACAUUGGCUUCCCCCGCCAGCACCACCGUCCCCAGCCUCAAGGGAAGAAAUCUGCCGCCCAGCACCCAGGCCUUUAUGCCCAAAAGCUUCAGCUAUUCUCCCAACUCCGCCGCCUCGGAAGUCUCUUCCACGUCGGCCAGCAAGGCUUCCGUGGGGCCAGGCCCCGGGCUCCUGGGCACCCCCUUCAAGCUCCCGUCCAACUCGCUGGGCUUCACCGGGCCCCAUGCGACGCCCAGUGGUGCUGCGGCCCCGGCCCCGGCGGUCUCGGCGUGCCAGUCUUCGGACACCCCCAAGCCAAAGCUGGAGUCGGAGUCCACGUCCCCGAGCCUGGAGAUGAAGAUCCACAACUUCCUCAAGGGGAACCCGGGCUUCAGCGGCCUGAACUUGAACAUCCCCAUCCUGAGCAGCCUGGGGGCCAGCACCCCGGCCGAGAGCAACCCCGCCGACUUCCCGCGCGGCCCCAGCAGCGCCGCCGUGGACAACAUCGACGGGACGCCUGUGCGGGACGAGCGGAGCGGGACGCCGACGCAGGACGAGAUGAUGGACAAGCCCGCGUCCGGCGGCGUGGACACCAUGUCCCUGCUCUCGAAACUCAUCAGCCCUGGCUCGUCCACGCCCAGCAGCACGCGCUCGCCGCCCCCGGGCCGGGAGGAGCCGUUUCCCCGGGAGCGCCCCAGCUCGGCGGCCCCCUUCCGCGCCUUCGGCCUGGGCGGCGAGUCCCCCUACAAGCCGCCCCCGGACGGCCUGGAGAGGCCCGCCGCGCUGAUGGACGCCCCGCAGGAGAAGUUCUUCCCGGACGCGCCUUUCCAGGAGGACGAGGACUACCGGGACUUCGAGUACUCGGGCCCGCCGCCCUCUGCCAUGAUGAACCUGGAGAAGAAGCCGGCCAAGUCCAUCCUGAAGGCCAGCAAGCUCCCGGAGGCGGCCGACUUCCAGCCCAUCCUGUCCAGCUACAGCCACCGGGCGCCGGAGUUCGCGGCCAAGGCGGCCUUCCCCGCCGCCGUGCGCGCCCUCCUGGACGCCGGCGACGCCUGCGACCUCCUGGCCUCCCCGCCCGCGCUCUUCGGGCCCUUCGGCCUGCCGGGCGCCGAGCCGGGCGCCGAGCGCUCCCCGUCCCCGGGCAAGAGCGACGCCUUCUUCGGCCCCGACGCCGGCCACGGCGGCCUGGGGCUGCCCGCCAAGCCCUACCCCGAGUCCCCGCGCGCCGGCCCGCCCCGCGCGCUCUUCUCGCCGCAGGCCGCCGCGGCCGUGGACAAGGCGCUGGCCGCGGGCAUCUCCUCCGCCUCGGCCGUGGAGUUCAAGAACAUGCUCAAGAACGCCUCGCGCAAGCCCGCGGAGGAGCCGCUCUUCGGGCCGGGCGCGGCCGAGGGCGGGGGCCUGGGCGGCCGCGGGGCGCUGGCGCCGGAGCCCGCGCCCCCCGAGGAGCGCUUCCGCAUCGAGACGCGCGUGUCGGCCGCCGGCCCGGACGCGCCCGAGGGCGCCGAGGAGAAGGGCGCGCCCAUCGAGACCCUGGGCUACCGCAACGCCGCGGCCCGGAGGAUGUCGGGGGAGCCCAUCCAGACGGUGGAGUCGGUGCGCCUGCCCGGCAAGGGCGGCCGCGGGCACGGGCGCGAGGCGGCGCGCGGGGGCUGGUUCGAGCUGGGCGGCGCGGGCGGCGCCUUCGACAACGGGCCCGCGGGCGCCGCCGAGCUGGGGGGCGCGGGCGGCCUGGCGGGCUUCAAGGCCGCGGCCUACGCGGAGCGGGCGCCCCCCUUCCCCGAGGGCGCGGGCGGCUUCCGCGCGGGGGGCGGCGGCUUCAACUCCUCCUUCGAGCGCCGCCCGGGCCCCGGCGCCCUGGAGCCCUUCGCGCGGGAGCCCGUGGGGCCCGCGCCCCCCGCCGCCGCCGCGCCGCCCGCGGACCACGGGGGCCUCUUCCCGCGCGAGGCGCCCGCGCACCUGCCCGCCGUGGACCUGGCCGGCCCCUUCGCCAAGGAGGCCGCCCCGCCCGGGGACCACGGCGGGGUCCCCUUCCGGCCCCGGCCCCCGCCGCCGCCGCCGCCCGGGGACCACGGCGCCGCGGGGGGCGGCGGGGUCCCCUUCGCCGCGCCGCCGCCCCCGCCGGCCGCCGUGGACCACGCCGGCGUCGUGCCCUUCCCGGCCCCGGCCCUGGCCGAGCACGGGGUGGCGGGCGCGGUGGCGGCGCUCUUCCCCAAGGACCACGGGGCCCUCCUGCCCGGGGCCCUGGCCGAGCAUUUCGGGGUGCUGGCCGGCCCCAGGGACCACGCGGCGCCCGCCCAGCGGGACCUCAACGGCCCGGGGCUGGGCCGCGCGCGCGAGGCCCUGAGCCUGCCCGCCCACUCCCUGGAGCACUUGGGCGCGGGCACGACCGGCAGCAGCGCGCCCCUGGGCCCCUCCCACAGAGACACCCUGAGCCGCAGCGGCAUGCUCCUGCGGAACCCCCGGCCCGACUUCCGGCCGCGGGAGCCUUUCGUCGGCAGAGACCCCUUCCACAGCCUCAAGAGACCCCGGCCGCCCUUCGCCCGGGGCCCGCCGUUCUUUGCACCAAAACGCCCGUUCUUCCCUCCCAGGUACUGACGGGAGCGAGCGGUCUAGAGAGCAUUGCCAGUAGGAGUUUGGUUUCCGGUUCCUUUUGUUUCCCGGCUUUGUUUUUGGUUGAUAGGACGUAAGGGCCUCCUCCCUCCUGGGGCGGACGUGGUCAGUGCUCACGUUCCACUCUCGUCCAGUCGCCCGCCUCCUGCCGCACCUGCCUGCCCGCCACACCGGAGUGGUCCCUGUUUCUAACGGGGGGUGUCGGGGAGCCCGCAGAGAGACACGACCAGCCUCUCUGCGCGGCCAGGAUCGGGGGGCAGGAGAAUGACGUCUUUUGUCCAGCUGUGGAAGAGUCUCACAUCUGAAAUAAAACGUCUGCCAGUGCAGAAAACGAUGCGUUCGAUGUUGGGGUGUUCUUUGGGGCUUGGCUCUCAAGCAGCAAGUGGACGGGCACUGCCUGUCUGUCUGCUCUCCAGCCUAGUGGCCAGCCACCGGCCGGUCCCUCCCUUCCCUGCGUGUCUGCCGGGGCAGGAGGGGUGGCCGGGGGGAAAUGUGGGAGACUCGGGUCUGUUUUGCUUUGCCUUGUUUUGUUUCACUUUAAAGCCUUGUCAAAAUCGAGUCCUUUCUCCUUGGCUUUUUUUUUCCCCCAACCACCCACUUCUAAAGUAUCAUCCGGCGGUAAAACUCGGGGAGCUGAAGCCUCCUCCUGUGCUAGUGUGAAAGUUCCUUCUCCUUGGGGUGCCGGGGAGGACACUGAAUUGAACUGAGGGUUUCCGGAAGCAGCAGCAGUUAGAGGGGGGGACCAGUUGUGGCUGACGCACCUGCCUGGCCCUCGAGUACCAGGUGGCUCCUUCCCGUGUGUCUCUUUCUCUGUUUCCCUUAGACUUUGGUGAAAAUCCCUGGGACUGAUGAUUGCCACAAAGGUGCUCUGAA